CGUAAAACGGCUAGUGUUGAAAAAGAGUCGGGAGAGAUUCUAUUGUGGUUGUAGACGAGCGGUGUAGUGAGCCGCUACUCAGACGAGAAGAGCGGAAAAGAAAUACGGUUCUUGUCCCCACAUAGGCACUCAUGCCACGCGGAGACACAUGGACGUCCACGCGGCACGCCAGUGCUAAGCUCUUUUGUGAAGAGGACGCCGGAGGAGCCGGUAUACGAAGAGUUAAGACUCGCCAUCCGAACUGUUUAUCUCAGCGGCUAGCAGGCUAGCUGGCUAUAUGCGCGGGGAGCCGCUACUACGAGGAACAGAGAAGAGAAGCUUUCGUGUUGUGAUCGAUAGGAGCACAACCUUGCACAAACUGCCUUUUUAUCGCUUUGUGUUGCCUUCUACGGUCCUGAUCACCCCAAGCCUCAAACUUUGAAGAAUGACCGCGUGAGAGCCGAGCGUCCGCUCUUAUUCUUACUUACUUAACCAGAAAAGAAGGAAAAGUCUCACAGACUUCCUGGGCCAAGGUUGCUCAUAAAUCAGAAACCUGGUUGAACAUGACUAACCAGCCACUGCCAGGGACUGCAGACCGCACCACAGCUUGUUGCUCUCGAUGCCAACCUGAUGCACCAUGACGGAGUGGCAUUGAAGUAAACUCCCUGACAACCAUCUGGAUACCUUUCCCUCUGCCAAAUCCCUUGAGAUCACCUUUUCCCCACCUUAUCCUGUCCCCACCAUGCUGCGCUUCCUUCCUCUCAAACUUGGCCGCCUGUACCGCUGUCUCAAGCUCCUGUUUGUGCUGGGGCUUUUUGUAAUCUUGCUCAUGAACACCCACAAUCUGUUUGCUUCGUUCCAAAAGAAUGAGCUCACUGACCGGCGCUUCAUCAACCUCAACAAGUGUCCUGCCUGCUUCGGCACGAGUUGGUGCCGCAAGUUCAUGAACGGCCAGGUUUCCUUUGAAACGUGGGGUCGCCUGCGCUUCCUCGAUAUCUUCAACGUCAAGAAUGUUUACUUCGCCCAGUAUGGGGAACCCAGAGAAGGCACACGUCGCAUCGUACUGAAGCGCCUCGGCUCUAACCAGGAGUUGGCCGAGAUAGACCAGAAGAUCUGCAAGAGGGCCACAGGCAGGCCCCGUUGCGAUCUUAUUCAGGCAAUGUAUAAAACUGAAUUUGCCAGGAUCAAUGGCGACGUUCGUCUACUUACUCCCGAAGUGGUAGAGGGCUGGUCAGACCUGGUACACUGUCCCUCUCAGCGAUUGCUGGAUCGUGUGGUUCGGCGGUACGCAGAGACCAAAGACUCUGGCAGCUUCCUACUCAAAAAUCUUAAGGACACGGAGAGAAUGCAGCUGCUCAUGACCUUGGCAUUCAACCCGGAACCACUUGUCCUGCAGAGCUUUCCAUCAGAUGAAGGUUGGCCAUUCGCCAAGUACCUUGGGGCGUGUGGGCGCGUGGUGGCCGUCAACUACGUUGGCGAAGAGCUGUGGAGCUACUACAAUGCUCCUUGGGAGAAGCGUGUGGACCUGGCGCGGCAGCUGAUGGACAUCGCCGAGCAGCUGACCAACAACGACUUCGAGUUCGCCCUCUACCUGCUGGAUGUCAGCUUCGACAACUUUGCAGUCGGCCCCCGAGACGGAAAGGUCAUCGUCGUCGACGCUGAGAACGUUCUCGUGGCUGACAAGCGACUGAUCAAGCAGAACAAGCCCGAGAACUACGACGUGUGGUACGAGAGCCGCUUUGAGGAGUGCGACCGAGAGGCCUGCCUUUCUUUCUCCAAGGACUCCCUGUGCUCCCGGGUCACCGUGGACCACAACUACUACGCCGUGUGCCAGAACCUGCUGUCGCGCUACGCCACAUGGCGGGGAACCACCGGGGGCCUCCUCCACGAUCCACCCGCCCACAUAGCCAAAGACGGCCAGCUGGAGGCCCUGCUGGACGAAUGCACCAAGCCCAAGAAGCGCUACGGCCGCUUCCAGGCAGCAAAGGAACUGCGAGAGUACCUCACACGGCUAUCGGCCGCCUCCUCGCCCGCCAGGUAAUUAAUGGAGUUAGCGUCAGCCCGACGCGCCGAGAGACUGGAUCCCGGACUUCUGAAAUGCUCCAAACUCUUGAGAUCCUUGAUGUCAUUAGCUCUCCUUUGCACAGAAGCAGGAAAGCGUCCCAAAUUCCUGUGUUAGGAAGAACUUUCAGUUUUGUUGACUGACUGACUGAAUUUGCUGCUGCCCGAAAACAGGAGUCGGCCACUAACGAGUUUCUGCUCGGAAUCAGGAAGGCGAGAGCACGAUAGGAAUCCUAGCAACCUUCUCGGAUAGUUGCGCCAUCUUUAAAGGAAGGAGGCAGACUCUGAGCGACACUUUGCUCGCAGGCUAAUGCAACAUGUGCGACCAAGCGGCACUGACCCCAACCCCCACCGACACCAUACGAACACACGCAUCCCUCGUCUUGCCGCCUCAUUUCAUCAUCGUGUUUCAUGACAACAUUGAAUCGAACACCUAUGAAAGUUUGCCCUCGGGAUCUAGCCUUUUUUAUCCUCCCUUUCUUUCAUGGGUAGAUUUAGGUGGAUCGGCGCAUUUACAUUUUUGCCGCACCACUGAUUUUUUUUUCUCCCCCCCCCCCCCCCCCCCCCGUAGCAUGCUGCAAGGAAUGCAGAGGUAGCAUGAAUCUCCCGUUGUCAGGUGGAACUGAGGAGUCGGCCCUUGUGAAAGCUUGGAUGAGUCUUAAAAGUCUGCUGCUCCAAUCAAUCGAAUCGUUUGCAGGGUCUGUCAUUGUUGUGGCAAUCAUCUUUUUCUCCCUCUUCCACAUUUUGUUAAUAGGAACCAGUGAGAAUAACAAAAGCCCACAUAGGAAGAGAGAGGUGAGAACUGGACAAGCUGCGAUGAUAAAACCAAAGAGGUUGAAGGUAAAGUUAAAUACAGUGCAAAACGUGUUCCUUCACUCCAACUGUAGGAUAUAAAACUCAUAGAUACACAUUAUCUGAGGAUGUGGUUUUUUUCCCCAACCGUUUCUGCAAAUAGUGCCCAUACUUCUAGAAGACAGGCCUGUCAUCCACUUGGAAUAAAUGGACAAAUUAAACUAUUAUUACCUCAGUUCCAAAAUAUGGAACUUUCAGGCAAAUGGUAGUCAACUGCAGAGCCCAUUUAAACCAAGUUGCUAACCAACGCAACAACAAAACAGCAAACAGCAGCACCUCCUGAGGGAGCACUAAAUAUAGAGUCAGGUUAUUAUUACUAUUACUGUAAGAGCAAUUUUCUUCAAACAUAUCUCUGAAUUCACUUUAAAGCAUUUUUUUUUCUUUUGACUUGAGUUCCAGCAAACCGACUUGUGUUUGUCAAUUUUUAUGUUCCUAUGAGUGACAUACCUUUAUUUUCCUGAGCAGUUUCUCAGUUGUCUCAAAUAGAAUUUUACAAAUUUCCCGCAGUUUCUUCUCGAGUCAUUUUCCCAUUUUUUUAAAAUUUGUUUUGACAAUACUAUUACCCCAUCUCAGUAGAUUAAAUUCCACUAUUUAUGGAAUCACAGCAAGUUUAGUUUUACCAUUCUGACGUCAAAUCGUUCGAUUUUGAGACUCUUCCUUCACUGUAAAAGGAAAGGUCUCGGAAACAGUAUUUUGGACACGUUGCCGCCCAGUAUAUCGUGUUUGUCAACCUUCUCGAUGUCGUGAUUCAGACAUGCCCAGCGGAGUGUCGCGUAGCGUGGUCAACACACGUCAACUUUCUAGACUGCGUCACCCGUGACCGUUUUGGAAAAGCAAUACAAGUAGAGGGAAAAAAACAAUAGUUUGGCUCCUAGCUUUUUGAUCAUGCCUAUUUGUUGUGUCCGAUUCGUUCCCCUCGUCCUGGAAAAGUGACAUCCCUUCAGAGGAGUUUAUACGUGUGUGACUGUCCACUUUUGUACUGUCCAUUUCCUUUGGAGUAUUAUUAUAUCAGCGUUGUCUGAUUGUUCCUGUGCCUUUCAUUCAAAAGUUGUACUUACAACUUUUAGUGGGUUUAAUUAUUGAAAUAAAAGAAGAUAUAUAUAAAUAUAUAUAUCUAUAUAUAGAAAUACACACUUGUGUUCAUGCUCUUCUUGCUUCUGUCUUGAGUGUUAUUUUAUUAUUUCCACAUUUCCAGUAGGAGCAUUUUGGCGGCACUUCACACUAAAAUUGGAUCCACUGAGUCAGAUGUUGGCCGGUUUCCUUCCUCCUCCUCCUGUUUUGAUCUUUCACAUCCAUGGGCUCUUUUUGGCCCAGCGCCUCUUGUUGUCUACGCUCAAGUUUCUUUAAACCAGACUGUGUGGAACAUUUUAAUAGCAACUCAGAAAUUCUGUUAAUAUUUUUUUCCCCCAGUGCAAACUCAAAUGAUAUACAGUCAUUGGAUAUCAAACAACUUGUUCAAUUGCCAGGUUUUGCUAAUACGAAAAAAAGAGAGACCAACAUUUUCAAAAGUGUUUUUUGCGGUGAUGUGACUUAGAAAUUGUUCAUCGUUUUAAUGUUUUUUUAAACAAAGAUCUGGCAAUUUUAAACCUCUAACGACCAUUAUGUCGAAUAUGGUCUUUUCUGUUUCACUGCCUUUCUCAAAUACAGAAAGAAAAACUUUUUUUCCCCUUCUUCUUUCCUAUAAUUGCUUCUGUUGAACACACCCUCUGGUUUGCGGGGAGCGCAUGACGUCACUCCCUGUGUGGUAAACGCUGUUCCAACAUCCCCUAAGCCUUUAAAAUGCUCGGUCUGAUGAACGGCUCCAGGGUCGGCUGGCUGGAUGUUGGAAAACACCAUAGAUGUACCCCCGCUGCUGCCCUUGAGGUUUAAAUAAACAUGAGGCCAUUUUGAGACGCAGCCACGGUAAUUUUAAACAUUAAGA